AGCAAACCUUCUGGUGCCUGCGCACUUCACAUUGAAACGGCAGGAAAUUGCGGAAGGCCGGCCUUCACUGGGGACUGCCGGCAAAUCCAGUCCACGGCAGACAUAGCAUUCCACGGAGAGGGAAAACCUCCAAAUUUAAAAUCAUUUGAAAGUGUGCAACAGAGACAAGUAGGAAAAGAGAUAAAAAAAACAAGCGUAAUAAAGCUACGAUCAGUCUUGACUUGAAUCAGUGCAAAGCGGUGGCGAUCGGAGCAGGUAGAUCCUGAAGAAGCGAUGGUCGAGAUCGCAGGGAAGUUUGACUUCGCCAUCGAUCGCGGGGGCACCUUCACCGAUGUCUUCGCUCGUUGUCCGGACGGGCAAGAGAGGGUCCUCAAACUGCUGUCACACGAUCCCCAGAACUACAAUGACGCGCCCACCGAGGGUAUUCGUAGGAUCCUUCAGGAGGAGACUGGACACGCUUUUCCCAGGGACCAGCCAGUGGACACCUCCCUGAUUGGAUGGAUCAGGAUGGGCACCACCGUAGCAACCAAUGCACUGCUGGAACGGCAAGGCGAGAGGACUGCCCUCCUGGUCACACGGGGGUUCAGGGACCUGCUGCAUAUCGGCACCCAAGCGAGGCCAAACCUCUUUGACUUGGAGGUGUCCAUGCCAGAUGUCUUGUAUGAGGAGGUUAUCGAGGUGGAGGAGAGGGUGGUCCUGAAGCAGGAGGGUGGCCGGGUAGCAGGGAGAGAGCUGGUGAAGGAGGUGACAGGCAGCACGGGGGAGGUCCUGGAGGUGUGGCGGGAGCCUGACCUGCAGCAGGUGGAGCGUGACCUGCUGGCACUCCUGUCUCGCGGGAUCACCAGCCUGGCCGUGCUGCUCCUGCACUCCUACACGUGGUCCCCCCACGAGCAGGCUAUAGGCUCCCUGGCACGCAAACUGGGCUUCACCCAGGUGUCCCUGUCCAGCGAGGUUAUGCCCAUGGUGAGGGCCGUGCCCCGGGGGUACACCGUUUGCGCUGAUGCCUACCUGACCCCCAAGAUCCGGCAGUACCUAAAGGGCUUUGUCUCCGGGUUCCGGGGCGGGAUGAAGGACGUGAGGGUGCUGUUCAUGCAGUCCGAUGGAGGACUCACCCCCAUGGAUGAUUUCUGCGGCUCCAGGGCGGUGCUGUCGGGGCCAGCAGGGGGCGUGGUUGGCUACGCUGUCACCUCCUACAGCCAGACGGAAAGAAAGCCAGUCAUUGGGUUUGACAUGGGGGGCACCUCCACGGAUGUUAGCCGUUAUGCAGGCCAGUACGAGCACGUGUUCGAGGCCACAACGGCGGGUGUCACGCUGCAGGCGCCCCAGCUGGACAUCAACACGGUGGCGGCCGGGGGCGGGUCACGCCUUUUUUUCAGGUCGGGGAUGUUCGUGGUGGGGCCAGAGUCUGCAGGUGCUCACCCUGGACCUGCCUGCUACAGAAAGGGAGGCCCCCUUACAGUCACCGAUGCCAACCUCGCUCUUGGGCGCCUGCUUCCCUCACACUUCCCUAAGAUAUUUGGCCCCCAGGAGAAUGAGCCACUGUCCACUGAGGAGACGAUGAAGGGCUUCAGGGAGCUGACAUGCGAGAUCAACUGCUUCCUGUCAGCCAGCCAAUCACAAAGCACUGAAAAUGGAAAUAGCCGGUCGAAUAGCAUCAUGUCUAGGAACGGGAAAUCAGAAAUGAGCGUGGAGGAAGUUGCCAUGGGCUUUAUCCGUGUGGCCAACGAAGCCAUGUGUCGUCCAAUCAGAGCUCUCACACAGGCCAAGGGUCACGACACAUCCCAGCACAUCCUGGCAUGCUUCGGAGGGGCGGGCGGGCAGCACGCAUGUGCCAUUGCUCGCGCCUUGGGCAUGAAGACGGUCUUCAUCCACAAGUACAGCGGCAUCCUCUCAGCUUAUGGCCUGUAUGCAUGUGUAGUCUGUGUCUUUCACAGGUACAGCGGCAUCCUCUCAGCUUAUGGCCUGUAUGCAUGUGUAGUCUGUGUCUUUCACAGGUACAGUGGCAUCCUCUCAGCCUAUGGCCUGGCCUUGGCUGACGUGGUGGAGGAAACUCAAGAACCUUGCUCUCUGCAGUACUGGGUGGACUCCUUUCCAGAACUGGAUCAGCGGGUGGAGCAGCUAUCCCUGCGGUGUCGGGAGGCCCUGAGGGCCCGCGGGUUCAACAGUGCCCAGAUCACUACAGAAGUCUACCUUCACCUACGUUAUCAGGGCACCGACUGCGCACUCAUGGUUACUGCCAACAGUCACCCGGGAAAUGCCCAGACCUGCAGGUCUGGUGACUUCGCUGCGGCUUUUGCCGAGAGGUACCUAAAGGAGUUUGGGUUCACCAUCCCUGGUCGGCCCAUCAUGGUGGACGACAUUCGUGUUAGAGGCACUGGGAAGUCUGGGAUACAGUCCCAAAUCAAGGUUAAGGCAGGUCAAAGGUCACCUACACCCGUCAAGGUGACCCAGUGUUACUUUGAUGACGGUUACCAGGAUACUGCUGUGUACCUGUGGAAGGAGCUGACAUGUGAUCACAGCAUCACAGGCCCAGCCAUCAUCAUUGAGAAGAACAGUACUAUCCUUGUGGAGCCCCGCUGUGUGGCUCAGCUGACACCAGAGGGCGAUGUUCGCAUCGCGGUGAGCUCAGACACCGCGUGCGCGCUGGGCACAGAGCUGAAUGCCGUGCAGCUGUCCAUCUUCUCACACCGCUUCAUGAGCAUUGCUGAGCAAAUGGGACGUGUCCUCCAGCGUACCUCCAUCUCCACCAACAUCAAGGAGCGGCUGGACUUCUCUUGUGCCGUGUUCGGGCCUGAUGGGGGCCUGGUGUCCAAUGCCCCCCACAUUCCUGUCCACCUUGGAGCCAUGCAGGAGACGGUGCAGUACCAGAUUAGGGCGAUGGGCAGCGAUCUGAGGGAUGGCGACGUGUUGCUAAGUAACCACCCGUGCGCGGGGGGCAGCCACCUGCCAGACCUCACCGUCAUCACCCCGGUGUUCCGGAAAGGCAUAACGGGGCCCGUGUUCUUUGUGGCUAGCAGGGGGCACCAUGCUGACAUCGGGGGGAUCACUCCUGGCUCCAUGCCCCCCCAUUCUACCUCACUACAGCAGGAAGGGGCUGUUUUCAUCUCCUUCAAGCUGGUCACUGAUGGUAUCUUUCAGGAGGAAGCUGUUACUGCUAGUCUUUUGGCGCCAGCCCAGUACCCAGGGUGCUCUGGGACACGCAAUCUACAUGACAACCUGUCAGACCUACGGGCGCAGGUGGCAGCCAAUCAGAGAGGCUGUCGUCUGGUGUUGGAACUGAUUGACAGCUACGGGCUGGAGGUGGUGCAGGCAUACAUGGGGUACAUACAGAGCAACGCAGAGCUGGCUGUACGGGACAUGCUGAAAGAGUUUGCUCGUCGCCGGCGACAACAGACCGGCUCCUUGGAGGUGGAGGCAGAAGAUCAUAUGGACGAUGGAACACCGAUCAGGCUGCGCAUCCAGAUCAAUGAGGAAGAGGGCAGCGCUGUGUUCGAUUUCACUGGCACGGGCACAGAGGUGUGGGGGAACUGCAACGCCCCCCGUGCCAUCACCUUCUCUGCACUCAUCUACUCCCUCCGCUGCAUGGUGGGACAGGACAUCCCGCUCAACCAGGGCUGCCUCACCCCCAUCCAGGUCAUCAUUCCUCCCGGCUCCAUCCUCCAGCCUUCCCAGGAUGCAGCGGUGGUGGGCGGCAAUGUGUUGACUUCUCAGAGAGUGGUGGAUGUCAUCUUCCGUGCCUUUGAGACAUGUGCUGCUUCACAGGGCUGCAUGAACAAUAUUUCUUUUGGCAAUGAGAAGGGAGGUUACUAUGAGACGGUGGCUGGAGGGGCAGGAGCUGGCCCAGGCUGGCACGGCCGAAGUGGCGUCCAUAGUCACAUGACCAACACACGCAUCACCGACCCCGAGAUCCUAGAAAAGAGGUAUCCGGUGGUCCUGGAGCAGUUUUCACUGCGGGCUGGUUCCGGGGGCGGUGGGUGUUACCACGGGGGAGACGGCGUGGUGCGAAAGCUGCUCUUCCGGGAAAGAGUCAUGCUGUCGGUGCUGACAGAGAGACGUGCUACACGACCCUACGGGCUGCAUGGUGGACAGGAUGGAGCCCCAGGAAUCAAUCUGCUCCACAGGGCUGAUGGAAGGGUCCUAAACCUUGGGGCAAAGACCACUGUGAGCCUGGAGCCAGGGGAUACGUUCUGCCUGUACACCCCUGGUGGAGGGGGUUAUGGGAAGGAGGAGGGGGAUCACGGACACGGGAGCGAGGACCCCCCAGCCAAAAGCAUACGCCUGAGAGGGACCACCUGGGAGAGAGGAAGUGUAUUUGAGUACCGAAGAGCACAGGAGAGUGUGUGAGUGGGUGCAAUUAAAUAAUCCAACCAGAAUCAAAA